AUGAAUGUUGAAAUGGUAUUCAGUGGAAUUCAGUGGAGGGAAAAUGUGGGGGGGGGGGGGGAGAAGAAGAAGAUCGUUGUUCGAUACGGGUGUGAGAAAAAGGAAAACGGGAGAGAGUGGCUAGCACGAUCGUAUCGUUCGGGAACCAUCAAGGGAAAGUACGGAGAGCGAGAGAAAGCGAAUUGGGAAUUGGACAAUGUGAAAGUUCGAGAUGGGUCAGUCGAGGAUAAACGAUUUUUCAAUUCCUAUCAGAAUGUCCUUCUGAGAACAUCUCAUCAACUAUGCAAGAAUGGAAAGUCAGGGAAAGGAGAAGAAAAUGAAGAAAGCGAAAAGAGGACGGACAUCAACCAGACAAAAGGCGAAACGAGCGAAAGCGACGACGACUUCUUUUUAAUCGGAUCGAGGAGUUGCAUGCGUAAUUGCAAUCAUGUCCCGCGUCCUUUUCGUCUUCAUCGAUAUAUGUUUGGGUGUGCUUCAAGAUCCGGCUGUGAUGAUCCAAUCAAUGGGCGAUCAAAAGUUUGGCACCGAUAG